GACACCCCAGUAAUCCUGCGGCGAGAGAUAAGCUAUACGUAAUGGCGUCGCAUUCUCGACUACAUGUCACUAUUUUCCUUUUCUUGUACAGUUAUAUUGCAGCACAGGUAGACCAGGACUUUGACGUCCGCCUAGAAAACGGUCUGUACAACAACAGUGGCCGGGUUGGUGUGUACCAUGACGGACAAUGGGGCGGGAUCUGUGGUGAUUCCUGGAACUACAAUGAUGCAAUUGUUGUUUGCAGAAUGAUUGGAUACAAUAAUGGAACUACAGUUAGCAGAUUUCCGACCAGCGAUUCCGCUUGGUAUGAAUUGUAUGGUAAUCAGACAGAACCAAGCCUUGUAUGGAUGGGUGGUGUACAGUGCACUGGUACAGAGUCUAGCCUUGCAGAUUGUCCGUUUAAUGGUUUGGGCAAUGUAAACUGUAACGAAUACUACGGCAGAGCGUUUGUUUUCUGCUAUGAUGAAGAUGACACCGAGGUAAAAGUUCGUUUAGUGGAUGGCACAUCUAAUGGAACUGGACAUGUUGAAGUUCAUUACAGCAGCAUUUGGGGAAGUGUAUGUUAUGCCGGCUUUUACGACAGGGAGGCUGAGGUCGUAUGUAGAAUGCUUGGAUACAGCAAUGGUGUUUCCUAUGGGGAUUCAUUUUUCUAUUCCACUAAACUACCAAUAUGGAUGGAUCGGCUACAGUGUAAUGGUACAGAGACAAACAUCGCAGACUGCCCUUUUGGUGGAUGGGGACAGAUAUCAUCAUAUAUGAGUAUAGCGACUGCCCUCUGUUAUAAUGAUUUUCAGGCUAGUGACGAGCAACAAGGGGUCCGACUCAUGAAUGAUGUGUCCAACACCUCCGGCUCUGUAGAAAUUAUGUACGGUGGACAGUGGUCUAUAGUGUGUGGGAAGAACUGGGAUGAUAUUGAAGCUGGAAUCGUCUGUCGAAUGCUUGGAUACGGAAACGGAACUGCACAAUUGUAUACGUCUUACAUGUGGGAAUCCAGAGAAGGCAUGAAAGUGAAGAUCCAUGUCAACUGUGUUGGAUCAGAGACAAGUAUUUACAACUGUAUAUUUAGCGACGUCCAUGGAUACUGCAAUAAUUACGCGGAUGGCAGAGCAGGUGUUUCCUGUUCGGGAGCUCUAGCUACGCCCAUUCCGACUGAUAUAACGACGAGGACAGACUCGCCGUUUGCAAUCCGCCUAGAAAACGGUUUGUACAACAACAGUGGCCGGGUGGGAGUGUACCAUGACGGACAGUGGGGCGGAGUAUGCGACUACUUUUGGAAUUAUAAUGAUGCCAACGUUGCCUGCAGAAUGCUUGGGUUUAGCAACGGAACAAUAACAAGUCGACAUUAUACACUGGACUCGGCUUGGUAUGAAUGGUUUGGCAACGAGACAGACCCAGAUCUAAUAUGGAUGGAUAACGUAAAGUGUUCCGGCAUGGAGACCAGCCUUUCAGAUUGCCCGUUUGACGGAUGGGGUGUGGAGAACUGUAAUGCUUACUAUAGGUCUGGUCAUGCUUAUGUUUUCUGCUACGAUGAAGAUGACACGGAGGUAAAAGUUCGUUUAGUGGACGGCACAUCUGAUGGAGCUGGACAUGUUGAAGUUCAUUACAGCAGCAUUUGGGGAAGUGUAUGUUGGGACGGCUUUUACAACAAUGAGGCUGAGGUCGUAUGUAGAAUGCUUGGAUACAGCAAUGGAGUUGCUUAUGGGGAUUCAUCAUUUUCUUUCACUAAACUACCAAAAUGGAUGGAACAGAUACAGUGUAAUGGUACAGAGACAAAUAUCGCAGACUGCCCGUUCGGUGGAUGGGGACAGAUAUCAUCGACUUUGGGUAUAGCGACUGCCCUCUGUUAUAAUGAUUUGCAGGCUAGUGACGAACAACAAGGGGUCCGCCUCAUGAAUGAUGUGUCCAACACCUCCGGCUCUGUAGAGAUUAUGUACGGUGGACAGUGGUCUAUAGUGUGUGGGGAUAACUGGGAUGACAUUGAAGCUGGAAUCGUCUGUCGAAUGCUUGGAUACGGAAACGGAACUGCAAAAUCUUAUACAUCUUACCAGAGGGGUUCCAGAGCAGACAUUAAAUCGAAGAUACAUGUCAACUGUAUGGGAUCAGAGUCAAGUAUUUACAGCUGUACAUUAUCCGACGUCCAGCAAUACUGCAAUAGUUACGCGGAUGGCAGAGCAGGUGUUUCCUGCUCGAGAACUCUAGCUACGCCCAUUCCGACUGAUAUAACUACGACGACAGAUUCGCCGUUUGCGAUCCGCCUAGAAAACGGUCUGUACAACAACAGUGGCCGGGUUGGAGUGUACCAUGACGGACAGUGGGGCGGAGUAUGCGACUACCUUUGGAAUUAUAAUGAUGCCAACGUUGCCUGCAGAAUGCUUGGGUUUAGCAACGGAACAGUAACUAGUCGACGUUAUGCAUUGGAUUCGGCUUGGUAUGAAUGGUUUGGCAAUGAGACGGACCCAGAUCUAAUAUGGAUGUAUAGCGUACAGUGUUAUGGUAUGGAGACCAGCCUUGCAGAUUGCCCGUUCGACGGAUGGGGCGUUGGGAACUGUAAAUCUUAUUAUUCGUCUGCUUAUGUUUUCUGCUACGAUGAAGAUGACACCGAGGUAAACGUUCGUUUAGUGGAUGGCCCAUCUGAUGGAGCGGGACAUGUUGAAGUUCAUUACAGCAGCAUUUGGGGAAGUGUAUGUUGGGACGGCUUUUACAACAUUGAGGCUGAGGUCGUAUGUAGAAUGCUUGGAUACAGCAAUGGAGUUGCCUAUGGGGAUUCAUCGUUUUUGUUCACUAAACUACCAACAUGGAUGGAUUGGCUACAGUGUAAUGGUACAGAGACAAAUAUCGCAGACUGUCCGUUCGGUGGAUGGGGACAGAUAUCAUCACGUUUGGGUAUAGCGACUGCCCUCUGUUAUAAUGAUUGGCAGGCUAGUGACGAGCAACAAGGGGUCCGCCUCAUGAAUGAUGUGUCCAACACCUCCGGCUCUGUAGAGAUUAUGUACGGUGGACAGUGGUCUAUAGUGUGUGGGAAUAACUGGGAUGAUAUCGAAGCUGGAAUCGUCUGUCGAAUGCUUGGAUACGGAAACGGAACUGCACAAUCUUAUGGAUCUUACUAUAAGGUUCCGAGAGAAGACAUGAAAGUGAAGAUACAUGUCAACUGUGUUGGAUCAGAGACAAGUCUUUACAACUGUAGAUUUAGCGACGUCCUAAGAUACUGUUACAUGGAUGGCAGAGCAGGUGUUUCCUGCUUGGGAGCUCUAGCUGCUGUUAAAACCUGUUCUGUACUGAACUCUGUCACAAUUGUCCUUAUAAAUAAUCUUUGUAGGAUCCUCUCGCUAAUGUAAAAAUAAAUACUCUUUGUAGAUGUUUUAUGUAUGCCUACAAAGCAUUUUUUCUUUUGGGUUUAUAGAAGAAAUUUUACUUCAGGCGUGACAUCAAAACCAUAUAUUAGACCUUUAAUGCCAAAUAUGUAUCCUGCUUUGCUUGAGUUGUCAUACGGAAUGAUACAAACAAUGAUACAUCUUAAAUGACUAUAUAUAAAUUAAUAAAAAUAGUAAAUACAGCAUGUGCGUUAAUGAAUAUUCGUUUACAUGAGGAAAUAGCUGCUGCAUGUUCAUGGUUUGUAUUAAAUUUGUCAGCUUUAUUAUCCAGACAUCAAUCAGAAUAAUUGAUAAAAUCUGUAUGACAACUCAACCACAGUAAAGAUAUGUAUUCCUAUUCCAAAUUU